UGUAAAGUAAACCUCAGGGGUCAUUACUUACCGGCACACCUCAUGAUCACGCCAACAAAAGGGGUCCAUCCGCAAGUACCAACGACGUCACGGAACAUUGUGAAAUUGUUUGUCGUCAGGCGAUGGCUGAGCACCCGUUUCUAUUUUUUCACCGCACCUUCACAGUUUCUUACAAAAAAAACAAACCCGUUAUUUGGUUCAGUCGUCUUCGGGUCAUAUUCGAGUAGUUCAGAUAUAGAAUUUGCAUGUUGUCUAUCAUGUCGUGUUGACAGUUUGGCGCUGGAAAGUUCCCAAUGGUCGCUGAGAUUUCCUUUCUUGUUGAACAUUUUGCAUUACUGCUACCAAUCCUUGAGUCUGCCAAGAACAAGCAUUAUUGUGUGUGAUUGCAGCAAGAUGUUGCUGAGUUAACUUCCUGGCUUAGAAGGAAACAGUACAUGCACAUUCCAUGAAAACAGUCUCAUCGCUGGACCAAUCAGAACUUAAUAUCAGUGCAAUAAAGCUGAAAGAAUAAAACUUCAGUGACGGCUUUAAUCGAAUCAGUACCAAUGUCGACGGAGGUGGAAGACUACAAUUCUCGUGCGUCCAAGAGACGACGAGUUGACGUCGGUGUACCACGAGGCACCCACAGCCAUCACCCCAAUAAAAACGGCGUCAGCAUAACCAACGGAGGGGGUUUCGAAGCUGAUAACUCGGACGUGUUGCGGACUCUACUGAAGAACAGCAAGAAAGUCCAGAACGGAUCGGUGACACCGCCCAGUGAGAACGCCAACGAGCCGCCACUGAUCAUGUCCCAGCUGCUGAAAGCCAAGGCGAAAGAGCUUGAAGAAUUUGAUGCUGCAAUGGAGAGGAAUGAUGAGACUUCAGAGAAUGAAGGGACAGAAUUGUCAUCAGACGAACUUGAGACAAUGGACGGUAGUGCCAAUGAUGCAUCGGCUAUCCCUGAUAGCUACUCGGCUAAGCGGGUCAAGUGUAACGGGGAUAGCAACAUGAGCACGGGUAGUAUGAGCCCAGGGAACAUGAGCUCGGACAACAUGUGUCCAGACGGAGAGGUCAGCCCCGAGCCCUUGAAGGAAGACAGUGUUAAGGCUAAGAGAGCAAGAGUUGAAAACAUCAUCACAUCAAUGCGCCAAUCGCCAUCUUGCCCCCAAUCCAGCCAGGGAAGUCAUCUCAUGUCUGAGGUCCCAAGGCCUAAACGCAAACAAGCCCAACCUCAACAGCAGAAGGCGUCUGAGGAGGAGAUCAGCGUGGCUAAGCAAAUACGACGGCAGGAACGUAGACGGCUGAAGUACUUGCUGGGCCAUCUGCAGCAGCAGCUAGACGUCCUGCAGGAAAAGUACUUCGAUCUCUACGAAGAGGACAACAGCAGCCUAUCGGAUGCAUCCGAUGAUCUGGAUGAUUUGAACGAACCGAUUGAUACCGUGACCGCCAUCCGCAAGUGUGAAAUGGCCCAAGCCAGAAAGGGAGGUCAGUCUGUCCAUCGGAGAGGCCCAAAUGGAGCCAUCCCUAGAGAGAGUCACCAGAAACUGCGCAACUCUCUCAAACAGCAAUUGACCAAUGCCAUGUCCACCACGGUGGACACAGUGAUUGAUCGGUUCACUGAGGUCGAAGAGCAUCGGGUGGCCAACAACAACAACAACAACACCAAACCUCGCUCCAGCCUUCAAAAGAGCUCAGCUCCUCAAUUGUCCAACUCAGUACUAGAAGAAGCUGCACGGAAUGCUACACUUGUUGUGCCUAUGCCUGGCAGGCGAUCUUACCCCUCACAGAACCAACACAGUCAAGUGCCUGCGCAUCAGUCCGAGUCACGUGAGCAGACUGAAGCUAUGUCAUUGGUCGUCCCAAAGCGUAGUCGGGGUAAGGACGAGUCCUUGCCCCGCACCAGUCAGCCGAAUGAGAUGAAACCUGAGCACAUGAUGCCUACCAUGCUUCCAACCUCGGUUGCCAUUCCCAACCCCAGCCUCCAUCCUUCCUUUACCUCAAUGAUGAUGACACCACCAUCUUUCGUAUCACUUCCUGAGAAUAAGGACAUGCUUCUGGAAGACCUAAGGUACGCACACACACACAGCCCACAACUCGGUCACCAUCAUUCCCAGCAAUCCUCACUGCUGAACCACGGCACCGGGGACAUCACCACCGGUGAUAUAUCUCAUAGCAUCAACGACAGUCUGCCCUAUUCCUUCAUGAAAUCGGACGACAGUGACUCUCUCCUCAGGGGAUCGCCCGGCCUGUCGGAUCUCUCUGGCUACUCACCGGCAAACGGUACCUCCCUGACGUCCACACUGACACCGACUCAUCUUCGUAAGGCCAAGCUGAUGUUCUUCUACGUCCGAUACCCCAGCUCAGCCCUCUUGCGCCAACACUUCCCGGAUGUCAAGUUCAACAGGCACAACACCUCACAGAUCAUCAAGUGGUUCAGCAACUUCCGUGAGUUUUACUACAUCCAGAUGGAGAAGUUUGCUCGUCAGGCGAUCAGCGACGGCGUAGACAAGAGUGAAGACCUGAUGGUCAUCCGAGACAUGGAGCUUUUCAGGACACUCAACAUGCACUACAACAAGAGCAAUGAGUUCAAGGUGCCGGAAUCCUUCAUGAACGUGGCCACCAACACUCUCCGGGAGUUCUUUGUGGCUGUGCACGCGGGCAAAGACACGGAACCUUCUUGGAAGAAGACCAUCUACAAAGUCAUCAGCAAGCAGGACGAACUGUUGCCCGAGUUCUUCAAGUCGGCCAACUGUCUGGAGGAGAUGGAAUGAGGUUUUGGGAUCAAAGGUGAGAGGUUAAAAAGGUCGCAGGCCGGACCCUUCCCCACUUUUGAGUCGACGACUUCAUUGAUGCCUGUUAGCGAGAAAAAACACUAGCAAUCUCACUUGGGAUUGAUCUAAAUUGUACAACUCUGUUUCGGACUUUGUGGGAUUGUGAAAUUCUUUUUAUUUGUUUUAAUUAACCGUACACAUGGGAUUUGGGUGUAUUUUCAUGUUUGUAAACUCCAGUGUUACACCUCAAAUUGAAAUUGUUGCCAGUAUUUUUUAAGAUAUGCUCCGUCUUAAACCCUAAACCAUAAAUCAUUUUUAGGGAAAGCUACCAAAAAAGAAAAGAUAUUCAAAUUCAGGGGGAAGAUUAAUAUGGUGUUCAUGUCUUCAUUGGUUCCAUUGUAACACUGUGGCCUUGAGU